GUUAGUGAAAAUACACUGAUGUUGAACUAAAAGUUGAUAUAUACAAAAUAAAAUAGAAAAAUAGUGCAGUAAUUCUGUGCUCACAAAAAAAAUAUGGAUGCAUUAAACCCAGAGGAUGAUUCACCUCCAUCAGCUUUCACUAGAUUUUUCACUUCAAUCGGACAGAGAUACCAAACUAUUCUUGACAAAACAGUUCCUCACACAGCGGGUAGAUGGAUUUUUACACUGGUUCUAGCUACAUUCUAUGCUAUUAGAGUCUUCCUGCUCCAGGGCUGGUAUAUCAUAACAUAUGCACUAGGAAUAUAUCUUCUGAAUUUAUUUAUUGGUUUUCUGUCACCGCGUAUAGAUCCAGCAAUAAAUUCUCGGAGAGAUUUUUUUGAUGAGUUAGAAGAAGAUGAAGACGCGCCUGGCUUACCAACAAAAUCAGAUGAAGAGUUCAAACCGUUUAUCAGGAAAUUACCUGAAUUUAAAUUCUGGUAUUCUGGUAGCAAAGCUUUCGUAAUCGCAACAACUUGCACUUUUUUCGAUAUGUUUAACAUCCCUGUCUUUUGGCCAAUCUUAGUCAUGUAUUUCUGCAUAUUAUUCGUGUUAACUAUGAAAAGACAAAUCAAGCACAUGAUAAAAUAUCGCUAUCUACCUUUCUCGCACGGCAAACGCAAAUACAAAGGGAAACCAGAUGGCGAUCAAGUCACGCCGCAGUAGAAGAUUUAAUAUAUAUAGAAACUUAUUUAAGACAGUCUUCUUCUGUCUAAAAAAUUUCUGUAGGAAUUUUCUUAUUUUAAGCAAUUUUGGUUAGGAUGCUUCUCUUUUGUUCCAUCCGUUCCAUUUGAUGUAUUAUCUUCAAGUAAGCGUACCCUUUGAAGUUUUUAAAAAGAGCACUCGCAUGAAAAGCAACUUUAGUCGGCAGAGGUAGGACUGGGAACAACUACGGUAUGUUUAGUCAAUUGUGCUUAUCCAUUUGAUCUGCCAGUUAAUGUUUUGACUGUUGAUAAUCAAACGUUCAAGCUUCUUACCUCUUUAAUGUCGUUUUUAAUUUACCAACGAGAUGGGAGCAAAUUUUGUGUGGUUUUUUAUUUCUAUUUUUUAAACAACGGACAAGUUGUGUCAGAUAUUUUAAUGUUAUUUUUUUUUCCGUUCUGUGUAAUAGUACAAUAAUGUGUAAAAAAAAUGUGUUUAAGUCAAA